GCUAGCUUAUCAUCGUAUAUAUGAUAGCACAUCCACCCACGCCAGCAGGCCCAUCCUCGGCGUAUUAAUGGGGAGAUGGAGCCUCCCCUGGUAGCAUUCAACGGCAAUUGAGUGGCAGUGCCGCCGUUGGGAUCACACGUCGACGCAGGUAACCAUCAGAUGAGGCAAUUCACGGUUGGUUAUGCUGCCCCAUCUCCUAAGUUUCGUGACCAAUUGAAUUUCCAAUCCUACGCCACGCUUUCAUAAAUUAGUGAACUCUCUAACAUUCGUAGCCCACCCACGCCCAAGGUAUGCAUGAUGAUUGAUGACCUCAACUCGGUUAAUUAAUUAAUUAAUUUGGUUACUGGUCGAUGCUAAAUUAUUGAUGGCGUCCCCGUUCUCAUGUCUAAUGAUGUGAUGAGUGAGUUGGAAAUUCCUGUAUCUCUCUUGGAUAAGCAUGAUGGGUAAGUCGUCUUCAUCCUGGGGUUGAUAUCCGUGAAGCAUAAGACUUUGUCGUCUCGCCCAAUCUACCUCGUGAAAUGAUUCAUGCACAUUAGAUCGGAAUUGAUGGCUGCAGCACGAAGAGGACCCCCAAAAACACUCAAUCCUGUCCUACUGACUUGGAGAGUAGGCAUCAUAAACCUUAUCUUGAUGUGAGGCUUCAGCUCUCUUUCACCGGCCCCUGCUGCUCUUCCGCAUACGACUUAUAUGUCAAUUUCCUAUCAUUUUGGCGCUCUUAUCAAAGCUUCCAACCACUUUAAUAAGCGCAUUCCGCAUCUUACGAGAGGGCGUAGAUCUCUCAAAUUCGCUUCGACGAUGGCUCAGUGCUUGUUCUUCCGCCGCAGAAGUGCUUAAACCUUCAUGGGCGGCGCAACGAUGGCAGCACCAGAAAAGGUACUGCGCUCCUUCCUGAGCUUGACAUUCCUGCUGUUGGCGCUCUUUUAUCUCUCGACCCGAUUGGGCUCUUCCUAUCCUACUCCGCCACAACCUUCGGAGCAGAUCAUCAGAACCAGCCCGAGUACGCCCGACGUUGAUUCCAGCAGCGGCUGCAGUGGCAUCUACGGGUUCGAAAGCUAUAGUGGGAAGUGCAACUACUUGAAUUCAGAAGAAGCCCGAUGCCGUCCCGAAGGAUACAUAAACUAUCUCCGCAUCUUCUACUGCGUCUGCGGUGAAUAUCCGAUCCUCGGGUACACUAUCCUGAUCCUGUGGCUUCUCCUCCUGUUCUAUCUUCUGGGCAACACCGCUGCCACCUAUUUCUGCUCAAACUUGGAGGGCCUAUCGAGACUCCUUAAGCUCUCCCCCACCAUCGCAGGCGUAACCCUCCUCUCUCUGGGCAAUGGCGCCCCCGACGCCUUCUCCAGCAUCGUCUCCUUCGUCGGAAACGGCACUACCGACGUGGGUCUCAACAGUGUCUUAGGCGGCGCCUUCUUCGUGUCGUCCGUGGUCGUCGGAAUCAUAAGCAUCUGUCUCGGCCCUCGCAGGAUCGCGAUCGAUAAGACCAGCUUCGUACGAGACGUCUCCUUCUUCCUUUUCGUUCUUUCGGUCCUGCUAGUAAUCUUCGUCGUCGGAAAGAUCAACCUGUGGUGCGCGGUGGCGUUCACCUCCCUUUACGCAGUCUACGUGUUCCUGGUGUCGAUCACGCAUCUCUGCAGGAGGAAGGAUGUAGAGCAGAUGGGCAUCGGCGACGGGUUCCCUGCGCUGCCGGCGGAUGCUGCGGAGUUUGGCGGAUUGGAGUCCGCGGCCCCUCUUCUGGCGACGAGGGGAGGCGAAUGGGGGGACGAGCCGAAGAAGCCUGCCUGCGGCUCCAAGGCGUGUUUUAAGGCGUGUUUUGCGUCGGCAGGGAGCAAGCACGCAAUGGGCCGGGCCCUCCGCAUUCUGGAGCUGCCUCUGUACCUUCCCAGGAGGCUGACCAUCCCGGACGCAUGCGAGGAGAGAUGGUCCAAGCCGUUCGCGGUUAUUUCGGUGACGCUGGCGCCGACGCUCUUGGCGGCGCUCUGGAACUCCAAGAGCCCCAGGGCCAAAGAGAGCUCGCUGGUCGUCCACGUUAUUGGCGGGCUACUAGGGACGGUGCUGGGCGGCGCUGCUUUGGCAAGGACGAGGAAGGAGCGGCCGCCGGCGGGGGUGUUCCUGUUCCCCUGGCUGGCAGGGGGUUUCCUGAUGAGCGUGGUGUGGGCGUACAUCAUCGCGGAGGAGCUGGUGUCCCUCCUGGUCUCCCUCGGGGUCGUGCUGCAGGUGAGCAGCUCCGUUCUGGGCCUCACCGUCCUGGCCUGGGGCAACUCGCUCGGGGACCUGAUCGCCAACGCCGCGGUGGCGCUCAAGGGCGGGCCGGGGGGGGCCCAGACGGCGAUGUCCGGAUGCUACGGCGGGCCCAUUUUCAACACCCUCGUGGGCCUCGGCCUCUCCCUCGUGCUGUCCUCGUGGGCCGCGCACCCUUCGCCCCUGCUCGUUCCCGUUCCCGACGACCCCACGCUGUAUCAGACCGUCGGAUUCCUCAUGGCCGGGCUCCUGUGGGCCCUCGUCAUGCUGCCCAGGCGAGGAAUGACGAUCCAUAGAGGCUUGGGCUACGGCCUUCUCUCCAUAUACGCGUGCUUUUUAUCUCUGCGGAUUCUUCAGUCCGUCGGGCUGCUUCAGAUCCAACAAUAAUAAUCUAUUAAUCUCGGGCUGCUUCACGAAAAAAAAAAAAAAAAUCUAUUAAUCUCGGCCUGCCUUACGGGCCAAUAUAUUAAAGCCUCAUCUUGUGUAAUAAAUUCUCCGUAACUCUUUUUUUUUUUUUUUUCCCUUCUUUUCCCUGUACUUAAUAACAGUGCGGGUGAAAUGUACAGUAUUACUUUUCUCACGUCUUUUAAGUUAGAGCGCUGCUACCGCUACAACUA